CUUUGUUUUUAUUUCCUCAAAAACAAGAAAUAACAACUAAACAGUGUUCAAAAAGUGCUGAUAAUGUUGUGAAAGAAGUACAGUUUGAACUUUACCCUGAUCUUAGUCUAGAAGUGAAACCCGAAGUGGAGAAUUAUAAUGUGAAGCAGGAAGUGUUGGAGCCUGAGGGUGAACCUGUGUUGAAUCGUUCCAGUCAAGCUGCUGAAGGAAUGCAACUGCAGAUCUCUGAUGUUUGGAGUUUGUGUAUGGAGCAGAGUUCAAACCCAAGUAAAGAAAGGAUUGUUUCUGUCCUUGACCCAGAGAAAGCCAUUGAUCUCCAUCAUGGCAAAGCAUAUGAUGAUAGAGAAAUGCACUCCAAAGGUGUAAAUGAUGGUUAUGGCCAGAAGCCAAAAGAUUGCACUUCUACAAUAAAGGUGAACACAAUGAUUCAUGUCAGUCAUAUGCCCACUCAGGUAUCUGAAGAAAAAUUUGUAAAAGAAGAGAGUAGGCCUAUUGCCAUGAAGUCUAGUGUGCCAUGUGGCUACAGCUCUGACAUUGUUGGACUGUCCCAGUGUCAUGUUUCAGACUUGAAUCUUUCUGGCGCCCAGUCUCUCGCAACUUUUGUGAAUUGUACACGGCCUUCUGAUGUUACAUUACCUCAACUGCACAAAAAUAGUCACGUUAGACAAAAUGACGCCGGUCUCCCCGAGGGACCUGAGUUUGUGAGUGGCAAAAAAACAAAUGCUGGAGAAAAACCUAAGUACAAGUGUGAAGUUUGUGGUAAAAGGGUUUUCUGCUUAAAGCGUCAUCAAAAAACACACACUGGAGAAAAGCCUUACAAGUGUGAAGUUUGUGGUUCAAGGUUUAGAACUAAUAGCAAUUUAUCGAGUCAUAAAAGAACACACACUGGAGAAAAGCCGUACAAAUGUAAAGUUUGUGGUGCCCAAUUUUCAGAAUGUGGCAAACUUUACAGGCAUAACCGUAUUCACACUGGAGAAAAACCUCACAAAUGUGAAAUUUGUGAUAAAAGGUUUAUACGUAGUUGCCAACUAAAGAUUCACGCAAAAACACACACUAAACAAAAACCUUACAAGUGUGAAGUUUGUGGUGCAGAGUUUACAAACAGGCUCAAACUUCACCAGCAUAACCUCAUUCAUAUAAAGCCUUACAAGUGUGAAGUUUGUGAUGCAGAAUUUACAGAUAAGCGACAAUUUCACACACAUAGCCGUAUUCAUUUAGGAGAAAAACCUUACAAGUGUGAACUUUGUGAUAAAAGGUUUACACAAAGGAUGCACCUAGCAAGCCACAAAAGAAUACACACUGGAGAAAAGCCUUUCAAAUGUGAAAUUUGUGGUUUAAGUUUUGCUUAUAGUCGCACUCUUAAGAGUCACAAAAGUAUGCACAGUGGAGAAAAUCCUUACAUAUGUGAAGUUUGUGGUGCAACGUUUCCACAAAUUUGUAAACUUAACAGGCAUAAAGAGAUUCAUACAGAUGAAAAACGUUACAAGUGUGAAGUUUGUGAUAAAAGGUUUACUCUAAGGAGCUCCCUACGCGGUCACAAAAAAACACACACUGGAGAAAAGCCUUACAUGUGUGAAGUUUGUGGUGCAAAGUUUGUGGAAAGUGGCAAACUUGACAGGCAUAAACGUAUUCAUACAGGUGAAAAGCCUUACAAGUGUGAAGUUUGUGAUAAAAGGUUUGCACAAAGUUGUUCCCUAAAGUCUCACAAAAGAACACACACUGGCGAAAAACCUUUCACAUGUGAAGUUUGUGGUAAAGGGUUUUCACACCGGACUAGCAGAAACAAUCACAAAAUGAUGCACACUGGAGAAAAGCCUUUCAAGUGUGAAGUUUGUGGUUCAAGGUUUACAACUAUUGGCAGUUUAAAAACUCACAGAACAAUACACACUGGAGAAAAGCAUUUCAAGUGUGAAGUUUGUGGUUCAAAGUUUUCAACUAGUAGCAGUUUAAGGUCUCACAAAAGAAGACAUACUGGAGAGAAACCUUACCAAUGUGGAGUUUGUGGUAAAUGGUUUGUACGGAAUUGCGACCUGAAUCGUCACAAAAGA